AUGCCUGCUUCCUUCCGUAAACUUUUCGCCCCAUUCCCGCACGAUCUGGGCGACAUCCAGGAAUUCAUACCAUCUGGACGUCUCGUCUCCCCCGCUGAUUCUCAUGGAACCACGCGGGUCGUCGACAUCGGUGGCGGCUUGGUCGUGAAGUAUGGCAACACGACACGACUUUCGGAAGCUCUGGCGUCCGAGCUCGUUCGCUCUCAAACUAGCAUACCUGUUCCUCGCGUUCUCGCUUACUAUUCCGACUCCUCCAAGAUAUACAAGAUCGGAUAUAUCGUGAUGGAGAAGGUCGAGGGUGUAAUGCUUAGUAGCAUCCUGGAGAUAUUGGACGGUGCUGCGAUCGAGUCCAUCACUUCUCAGUUGGGAGGAUAUCUCAGUGAGAUGAAGAAGCUCGACAGACCUGGAGAAUGGGGAAUGGUCGGCAAGAACGGGAUCUAUCAUCGCGACCCUUAUUUCACCUACCAGCUCCCCCCACCGUCUACGGUCACUUCCAAGAAAUCAAAUCCUCUUCGAGCUCGGUGCUGCAGAGACUUCGUGGAACAUUUCGCCCGACUCGUCAAUCGGAGCAUGAACGAGGAAUGGGCUGCCAGCACGCAGGCGAUAGUCGAUUCUUUCAACAACGAUCUACCUUCCUCAUUCUGUCAUCCAGAUCUCGUUCCCGAGAAUAUCAUGAUCGACGAACGCACAAAUCGUAUCACCGCCAUCAUCGACUGGCAAGGAGCCGGCUGGUAUCCGUACUUCUUUCUGUCCUGGGUCGCUCACAAUCGGGUGAGCGCGUACUCGCCCGCGAAGUAUGCGCAGUGGCAUCGGAUAUGGACAGCCUUGAUGGAGAGGUAUCCGGAGUCGGUGGGUAUGAAUCAGUUGCUUUGGGAAGCCGAUGGGUAUGGCUUUCAGGAUCUCCCCCAGUCAGUAUGUGACUGUUGCGAGUAG